GAGAGGAACACACAGAGAGAGAGAGAGAGCGAGAGAGAGAGAAUCAGCAGUGUGUGUGAGAGGUUGAAGGAUCACUUCUAUCCCGUCUUGUUUUGGGGAGACUAACCUUGUUCAUCUGAGCAUUGUGGGACUGUUUUAUGUUGUUGUUGACGAGAGCGACGGACCCUCACUCCAGCAUGCUCACUGAGCCUGAGCUACCUCAGGAGUGUAACAGGAUGUCUUCCAAGCGACCAGCCUCUCCAUAUGGGGGGACAGAUGGAGAGGUAACCAUGGCAACCAGCAGACAGCGAAUGGAGGAUGAGGAUAGCGAGGGACUGGGCGGUGUCAUCCACCUACCCCUGGCCUCCUACUGCGGCAAGGUGUCCCCUCGUUCGCCUCACAACCGCAACUUGGACAGCCCCCCCAACAUGGAGCAGGACGGCACUAAGCGGAGCUCUUUGAGUCCUUACCCCCAGCACAAUGCUACCUCACCAGGCAAAGAGGAUGGUGGCGGAGGCGGGCGGCCCUGCAGCGACGGAAGCUUAGCCACAGGUACCCUCGGGACCCCAGAGAGACGCAAGGGCAGCCUGGCAGACGUUGUGGACACACUGAAGCAGCGCAAGAUGGAGGAGCUGAUCAAGAACGAGCCAGAAGGUCAGUGA